CCAGUCAAAUAAACAAUGCCUGGGGAAGUCGGUCCUCAGGUGUCCUGUUUUUAAUUCCCUGUUGUGUGUUUCCUAAUGGAGAAAGAUAAUUUCCAGCAUUUACAACCAGAGAACAGUGGACCUUCCAGCAUGACUACUCCCAGAAGAAUUAUCCAUUUUGCUGAUGGAGACAUCAUGGAAGAAUAUAGCACAGAGGAGGAAGAAGAAAAAGAAGAACAGAGCGCAAAUUCAGCAGUUGACUCUUCUAAACUUUCAUGGAGGUCCUCUCUACUGUUUUGGGCAGCACGAAUAGCAAGCACAUCAUUUUCCACAUGUGAAUUUCUCGGUGGAAGAUUUGCUGCCUUCUUUGGUCUCACUCAGCCCAAAUAUCAGUAUGUGUUAGAUGAAUAUUAUAGGAUACAGUGUAAGGAAAAUGACAUGGAAAGUGAAGGCAAUGAAUCAAAGGCCCAGGACACAGAGGUUCCUGAUGAGAAGUGUCACCUGGAAGCUGGAGGCCAAGAGUAUGGGACCUGCUACCAAGACAGAGCAAAGGCUGUUCCUUGAUGUGAUGCAUCGUCCAGGAAGGACCACAAGCCUAGGGCCAGUCCAUGAUGAACAGCAGUGGCUGGAGUGCCACAGGAUCUCUGAUCAUGGGCAACUGGCUACCAUUGCAACAGCAUCACAGAUAGCAUUUAUGAACCAGGUUCGAUCCCAAUCUCAGAAUUUAUUUUCAAGCAUCCAGGGUAGCAGGCAAUAAUGUAAUUUUGGAUACUUUCUCAAUUUAAAUUUUAUCUAAUCCUUUACACUGUGACUCUCUCAGAGGUUCAAGUUCUGAUAGUAUAUUUAUGGCUCAGUAGUAUAAAUUUCUUAGAGAAUUUGGGACCUGGAAGUUUGGGGCUAAAAUU